GGAGUUGGUAGUAUUAGAAAAUUUGUUAUGAGUGCACCAAGUAAAAUUAAUGAUCCAUCUGCAUUAAGGAUUUGGCACGAUAAUAGUGGGCAAGGAAACGCUGCAUCUUGGUAUCUAAAUAAGAUUACAAUAGAGGAUUUGCAAACGGACGAGAGGCUCCUUUUCAUGUGUAACCAAUGGUUGUCCUUGGACCACGAUGACGGAUGCAUUGACUGUUCGAUUCCUCUUACUAAUAAUUCAGAGACACAUAAUUUUUCGUCUCUGUUCUACGAAAGGACACGGGAAAACACAGUGGAUAAACAUAUGUGGCUGUCAGUAGCCAUCAGACCAGAAGACAGUAACUUUACGCGGAUAGAACGUUUAGCAUGCUGUUUAACAUUGUUAUUUUUGACAAUGAUUGCUAAUGCUAUGUUUUACGGGCAAGAUACCGGAGGUAGAUUUGCAGUGGGACCAAUUGAACUUUCAUUGUCUGGAAUAUAUAUAUCAUUCAUAAGUGCGCUAAUAGCUGCUCCUCCAAUAUUUCUGGUGACGUACUUAUACAAAAAUUCAAAAUGUCGACAAAUUUGUAGAAAUAAAGACACAAAGGCACGCAAUUGGAAGUCGGAACCUUCGCAAAAACCAGCUAAUGAGAAGCGAACAGACGACUUAAUAGUACAUGGUGUUAAUGCAUCCCUCCCAUUUUGGUGCAGAUAUAUUGCAUGGUUUAUAGUGACCUCGGCAGUGAUUGUGUCUGGAUUUUUUCUUAUUCUCUACAGUAUGGAGUGGGGAAAAACUAAAUCCGAGCAAUGGCUGCUUUCAUUCUUUUUGUCGUUCUUCGAAUCAAUGUUCGUAGUAGAUCCGCUGAAGAUAAUAGUAAUAUCAGUCAUACUAUCCUGGAUUUUCAAAAGUCACAACGAAAGUUAUAUCAAAUACGACAGAGCAAAGGUUCUUUUGGAGACCAAGAGACGCACAGUAACACCAGUGACAUAUCUUUUAGACAUCUACAAAAAGAAUAUUGUUCCACAGAAAUCGGAAGUUAUUGCAAAAAUGAAAGAAGAAAGACAGCAACGACUUACAAUUCAAAUGAAAUUUAUUGAACUAGUGCUAUAUAUGAUCUUCCUGGCUGUUUUGUAUUGUGUUAGUUUCAGUAACAGGGAUACUAGGUGGUACAACAUAAACCAACAUCUUCAGCAACAACUUGUUACACCACUCAAUGUAUCCGCUGGGGAUGGAACAGUUAUGUUUAAUCAGGUAAAAACUGCAUCAGAUUUCUAUGCCUGGGUUGACCAGACCCUUGUUCCAUUUCUUUUUCCUCGAUAUCAAAGUAAUGGAUACAAGCUGACGGCCAAUGAAAGGUUGUUUUUGCAAGAUCAAGAUAAUGUUAGAAUUGGACCUAUGAGACUUAGACAAGUUAGGACAGUUGAAGAACCAUGUAAGACACAAUUAUGGGAUAAUAUUACCACUUGUUAUGAGAAGUAUUCUAUCCACUCAGAAGAUGAUAACAGCUACUGUGUUGGAUGGGAGUCACCUCCAUGUAUUAGAGGUCAAUCAGUCUACAAUAUGACGUUUGCUGCAUGGAAGUUUGUAUCCUCUGCUGACAUAUGGGGACUUCCGGUCAAUGGGUUACAUUCUUAUUACAGUGGAGGGGGCUAUAUAGCCGAAUUUGUUGUCAAUUACAACAUUUCACGAGUAAUUCUCGGGGAUUUAUACAAAUACACCUGGAUAGACCGUCAGACGAGAGCUAUAUUUACCGAGUUUACCUUGUACAACGCCAAUGAUAAUGUUUUUACUUAUGUUACGUUUUUGAGCGAAUUUCCAGAAACUGGAGGCGUAAUCACAAGUUUUACAAUUCAACCGUUCAGGCCUUAUCAGCAUAUUGGAAGUCUUGGACUGUUCGUUUUUAUAUGUGAAAUAAUUCUUGUUAUUGGCAUGGUUGUUUUCGCAGUAAGAAAAAUCGUGUUCCUUUGUCAGCAUUGGAGAAAGUCGUACAGAGAUUUAUGGCACAUUCUUGACGUAUUAAUAAUGAUUUUAUUCUUUAUCUGUAGUAUAAUGUACGUUGUUAGGUGGAUAAUGAUCAAUGCUGCAAUGGAUGAAUUUGAAAAGAAUAAAAACAAAUUUGUAAACUUUAGUCACAUAGCAUCAUGGGAUGAGUUAUUUAAUGUUUUUCUGGCAUUUACAAUAUGUCUGACAACAUUCCGAAUUAUGAGAAUUCUUAGCUACAAUGAAAGAAUAAAUCAAAUGGGGAAUGUACUUUCCAAUGUUAGCCGAGAUCUUUGUGGAUGUUUUGUAAUUUCCUUCCUGGUAUAUACUGCAUUUAUUUUAUCCGGACAUCUCUUUUUCGGUCGAUAUUUGGAAACAUACAAAGACUUGUUCGUUUCGUCAACAACUUUGAUCAAUGCUAUAAUUGGUAAAAACAGCAUUAACGACUUGUUUUCGAUCGAACCGAUCCUUGGUAGGGUUUAUUAUUUUCUAUUUGUAUUAUUUUUACUAUGGAUUUUGAUGACCAUGUUGAAUGCUACAUUAAAUGUCGGUAUAACAUCAGUUCGAAACAAACACAUUGAAUCACAAUAUGGCUUCACAGAUAUAUUAUUAAGUGUCUUCGGUGAAACCCUCGGGUCAGUUAUGUCAUCCUAUAAACCGGAAUCAAAAGAUGUUACAGAGAAAGAAAGGCAAAACAAAUAUCUAUGGAAUGAGGAUAUAUCAAUUGAUAUUGAUAGUAUACGAUUUUCUACAGAUAAAUCAAGUCAGAAGCUAGAAAACCAUGAAGGAUGGUGGUAAAGGGCUUGAUAUAUGAGACUUUCUGAAUUAGAUGAAUAGAAUAA